GUCAAUUUAUGGAAAGACAAGUCGACCCUUUAAUGGUUCCCAUCAAAACCACUAAAAACAUCAUCAGACCGGCCGACCCGCGAGAGGACUCCUGCGGCGGACGCGUGCAGCCGCCUCCCGGCUCACACACACACACCCGGGUGGGAGUGGUUGUUUUUUUGGACGGAGCGUUUCACUUCCCCCGAGAGAAGAGAAGUUCUCUUUUAACUUUAUUUCCCUUCAUUUCCGCUUUUCUUGCUUCUUGGGAUACUUUUUUUUUUUUUCAUGCGUUGCAGAAGGUGGCGGAAGAAGUGGCUCCUGAACACCGGUCCGCUCUGAGCCUUUUUUAUUUACUCUGAAAGAUUAUUUUUUUAUACAUUUAUUACAUAUACCGCCGGUUUAUUAUUGUUUUUAGUUCGCUGGUUCAUGUCCACAAAUGUUAGCGGUCGGGCAGAUGGAGGCUAACCGGCAGAGUGCGUUCGUCCUGGGCAGCACCCCGCUGGCGGCGCUGCACAACAUGACCGAGAUGAAGAACUCCCUGUUCCCGUACUCGCUGCAGCAGAGCCCCGCGGCGGGCUUCAAGAUGCCGCCGCUCUCCUGCCUCAACUCGCACAUGGCUCUGGGGACCCCGCACGGAAUAAGCGACAUCCUGGGCCGACCCAUCACCGCCGCGGGGCAGCUGCUCUCCGCCGGCUUCCCCCGGAUCAACGGCCUGGCCAACGGCGCGGCCGUCGCCGCCGCCGCCGCCGCGGGGAUGUACUUCAGCCCCGCGAUGUCGCGCUACCCGAAGCCCCUGGCCGAGCUGCCCGGGAGGGCGCCCAUCUUCUGGCCCGGGGUGAUGCAGGGCUCCCCCUGGAGGGACCCGCGGGUCCCCUGUCCGAGUCAAGUGAACAUGAUGCUGGACAAGGACGGGAAGAAGAAGCACUCCCGGCCGACCUUCUCCGGGCAGCAGAUCUUCGCUCUGGAGAAAACUUUCGAGCAGACUAAAUACCUGGCGGGCCCGGAGCGCGCGCGCCUGGCCUACUCAUUAGGGAUGACGGAGAGUCAAGUCAAGGUCUGGUUCCAGAACAGGAGGACCAAAUGGCGGAAGAGGCACGCGGCGGAGAUGGCCACGGCCAAGAAGAAGCACGACUCUGAGACCGAGAAGAUGAAGGAGAGCUCGGACAACGAGGACGACGACGAGUACAACAAGCCGCUGGACCCCAACUCCGACGACGAGAAAAUCACGAGACUGUUGAAAAAGCACAAGGCCACCAACCUGGCGCUGAUCAGCCCCUGCAGCAACAGCUCGGACACCUUGUGAUGCGCGAGGAGGAGGAGGAGGAGGAGGAAGGGUGCAACAGAGACUUGUCGCGCUCUUUCUGAGCCCCCCUUUUCCACCUGACACUGAUGAGUGAGAGGAGGAUGAGGAUGAGGAGGAGGGGGGCUUUAUGCUCAGGCAGAGCGAGAGAAUGCGUCAACAAAAAAUGAAAAAAAGGAUGAAAAAAAAGAGCCGAAUAUGCGCAAAGACGCGCGGAAAAGACGCAGAAACGCGACGCAGCCAACAGACAGCGCCGACACGGGGUGUGACGCAGACUUCACGGGGAUGAUGACGCGUUCACGGCACGCGGACAAUGUCGGGACGAGGAACUGUUUCCGGCGACGCAAAUCAGUGUGUACGCGCGCGCGGGCACAAACACACACAUGACUGGAGUUUUAACAACAUGUGUAAAUGUAAACAACAAUAGCUCUCUCUCACACACACACACACACACACACAAUCCGGAUCAGUGUUGGGCCUCUUCGGCGUGACGCCGCUCUGCGUAAUUUGGGCAGUUUUAAUCCACAGCGCGUGUUCCGCGCUCUUCCUCUCCACCUCUCACGCGCCGGCGCGCCCUGAAUGAGACGUUUGUAGGCCCUCCUAUGAUUGGUUGACUCGUUAAUAUUUUCAUAUGGAGAGAGAGAGAGGGAGAAAAAGAGGGAGAAAAAGAGAAAGAUAAACAAGAAAAAAAAACAUUUUUUUUGUAAUGUUCCACUGCGCGUAAAAGGAAGACCACGCGCUCUGCGUUUUGGAUGGAACUGGUUUAGUUUGGGGUCCAGAACUCUGAUCCGGACCCGGAUCCCGUGACGCAUGUUUUUAAAGGGGCCGCAGGUGUGAACGGGGCCUGCGAUGCUCCUGAAGCGCCGUUUAACCAGGGUAUCUAUCCACUGACCUCGAGGAACAAGAGGUGGAGGAAUAAACAUGGAGGGGGGGGGGGGAGAGGGGGGGGGGGUGUGCUGCAGCCUAAAGAUGAGAUUGUAUAUAUUUUUUACUGAAUAAGUUAUGUCGUGUUCAGCCACGUGGAGACGUGGAGGCCUCUCAGAGAAACCUGCUGCUUCUGUUUCACCUCUUUUAUUUUCUUUCCUGCAGAGUAACGUCUCCUCACACACACACACACACACACACACUCACACACACAUGUAUAGACUCUAAAUGCUGUAAAUAAUCCCCGUGAGAGGACAGCUUGUUUUAACGACAUCGCAGUGCACACUUGUUUUUCCUUUUGUUGUUGUUUUUGUUUUUUAAAAGUUCCUCGGUGGUCACGUGGAGCCUCGUUUCUGUUGGAAUUAAAGAGAGUAUUACUACUUCCGGGAAUCGGAAAAAGAUGAAGAAGAAAAAGAAGAAGAAAAAAACACUUUGUAUUAUGAAUAAAUUAUUUAACAAGCA